CAAUUUACAGGUACCAGGUCCCUCACCGACCAUCCAUAAGCACGACAUAUGUAAUUCAUCCAGAGAUUUAGAUGGCAGAACCACCAUGUGAAAACUCGAAUAACAAUAGACCUUCGAAGAGUAGUCCAGCACUAGACGCGCGCCGGGAACCGGAUCGUGUAAAAGGGGCGUAAGUAUCUCUACAUAUGAGAUGGUC